AUGACUCUCAAAUCCAACUUCGAAGAGAUACCCGCGCUGCUUGCCCCACCAUCGUAUCUAGACAGCACAGCCACCGACGAUCAAGUGGCAGAGAAGGGCUUGCUGCAUCCCCGCACCAACAUUGCGCCUCGCUAUACUGCCUGGAAGCUCGUCCUCGAUGCAUUCAUCGGCACUGCGUAUCGUGCAGCCCCCGACGACCUGGACGAGGAGGAGCGCAGGGCCACGGCGUUGCGAGAGGUGCUGUGCAAUGUCAGGCUCGUCUCUCGGCUUCUGUACUCCGUCUCGAUGGCACUCUUGCGCACGAGAAUCUUUCCCGAAUACCUCGAUGCUAUUCGCGCCACGGUCUACUCGACCAACCUCGGUCGGCAAUCCCUCGAUCACCCCUGCCGUGAGACGCGCGUUCUGGACCACUACAUCUCGUAUCGCAUCAAUCGCCGCUUCCUAGCAUCACAGUCUUCGCUGCUGCUCAACGACGAUGACGCCGAGCUGGAUCAUCGGCAGGUGUCCCAAGAUCUCUUCAAGUGGCUCCAGCCGCAGACCUACAUCGAGGACGAGAUUGGCAAGGCGCUCGAGGCCGGUACGGCAAUCGCCAACGGCGUCCAGUUUUGCGACCUUCUCGUGCGAUUCCAGUUCACUCGCGCGUCCAUCACACUGCCCUUCUCCGUCGAUGCAGCCUCCAACCGUUCUGCCGCUUCCGCGCCGACCAUCAUUCGCAAGGAGUGCGUAGCCGUUGACAGAGCCUCGAGUGAGCCGGUCUUUGUCACCGCACACAGACUGCUCGACCAGCUGCAAAGCCUCGUCUUCGUCCGCAAGGCGCACUCGGGCAAAGCGUGGUACGAGCUCGUCGGGCGCUCCACUUGA